GCAUAACAGACGUAGCAAUGGAUUCUGUUUCAACUAACUAUAGGUGAUCGGGUAUCGUUCCAUAGGCUUUAACUGUAUAAAUAAAAGAAAUUAUCUUUACACAGGUUUUACAUAAGUGAUUCCGGAAUUGUAAAGUAGGAAUUGAUUUAAUCUAAAAAAUUCAAUAGUUAUUCCCGCUGUGAAAAUAGCGAUUCAUUGACUGGUUAAACAUUCCUGAAAAUUGAAUCAUUAGCAGUCGCUUGGCCAUCAUUCACCUGAAAUUGAUCACAGGAUUCUGACACACAAGUUCAAUAUAUCUAUAGACAGAUAACUGCAUGAUCACUUGUGAUGAAAUGAUUAAUAUUCUACACAGCUUAAUUUCUAUUUAUUUUCUGUCGCGGUGAAUAGAAUUUCGAUAUGUAUGGGUCUGUAGAUCUAUAAAAAACGGUUGCUUUUUCUGUUUUGCGUCCGGUUGCAGUGAAUAGAAUUUCGAUACGUUUGGGAUCUGUAAUUGUAAAGAACCGUUUUCGUGGGGAUUUUAGAAGCUUUAAUGAUUCGGUGUUGUAAUGAAAAGGUGUCUGUAAACAUGGACUUCAAAAUACUGAUCUUACUUGCUGUCACAGGCGUUAGGUGUUACCUCCUAGAUGAACUGUUCCGGAAUGUGUCCUCUGAUUACCAAGCGGAAACAAGGCCACUAUGCAAAUCACCGUCCGUAACUGACGUAUAUAUAGACUUCGCAUUGAGACAAAUUGUUGACUUGGACGAGCCUAAACAGUUCUUGAACUCGAUACUGUGGGUACGAAUGGAAUGGGAAGAUUGCAGGUUGACAUGGAAUGCCAGUCGGUAUGAGGGAAUCAACGAUAUCAUUAUCCCACAAAAUAAAGUUUGGGUUCCGGAUCUUACCCUAUAUGAUAAUGCUGCAGCAGACAAGUUGUCGGGCAUUGACGAUUAUAAUUUGGUGAUACACAGCAACGGUGUGAUCAACUUCAACUUCCCAUCACUUCUAAGAAGUGUUUGUGCUGUAGAUGUCACACACUUUCCAUUUGACUUCCAAGUCUGCAAUCUUACUUUUGGUUCAUGGGCAUACAGUGGUAGACAAGUUGACGUCAUUAACGUUUCAACAAAGGCGGAUAUGACGUCAUAUAUUCUAAACUCAGAAUGGCAUGUCUAUAAUAUCCCGGUUAAUCGCGUUGUGACAUAUUAUGGACAAGAUCCCUACCCGACAUUAGUAGUUCAACUCCUUUUAGAGAGAAGACCAUUGUUUUAUGCACUGAAUUUGCUGUUUCCCUGCUUCCUUAUAUCCUCUGUAGCUGUACUCGGAUUUCUGCUGCCACCUGCCUCUGGAGAGAAAGUCAGUCUAGAAAUCACAGUGCUCUUGUCCCUUGCUGUGUUCCAGCUCAUUGUUCUGGAACUGAUGCCUCCGAGCGGGAAAGUUUCUUUCAUGGGUAUGUAUUUUAUCAUAUCGAUGGUGUUGGUGGGUUUCUCAUGUCUUACGACAGUUAUUGUUUUGAAUAUACACUUCAAAGGCUAUGAGGUUCGCCCUUUACCUAGACGGGUCCGACGCUUCAUACUAGUACCGCUUGCACGUGUUAUGUGCGUUAACGUCGAGAAACAGAAGACGCAGAUGUAUGCCGUACCAGUGAAACGACGCAGGUCGAGUGUUGUAGAGCGGAAAAUUCCUGAACUUAACGAGAAUGGGUGUUACCGAUUCCAAUCAUUUGAUGAAGUUGCUUUGCGGAGGCUUUCGACCACAAGCAGCCACUUGGUGGAAGCCGAACAACAUCUUUCCCAGGCUAAAUUACAGAACGGAGUUCACGUGUCCAAACAGUUGGUACCGAUCAUAGAAAAUAUAAGCGAAAAGCUUGAGUUGAUAAAUAGACAGUUGGAAGUAGAAAAAGAACAAUUUUAUGCAGGAUUUGAGUGGCGGACUCUUGCAUUAAUACUUGAUAGAAUGUUUAUGACCGCCUAUAUUUUGUUUUUGAUGUGUGCUUGCUUGUCAUUGUCAUUCACAUUCAUUAUCUUUGACAAAGCUCCGGGACAUUGGGGAGACACAAACUAAUAAAACACAUGCACCUGAUUAACAUUUAUAACUAAAGCUGUGGGUCAGUGAAAAGGAAACUUAAGGUACCUAUUCACAGUUGGACCAUUAUUUUCGAUGCUAGCAUGAAAAGCAUGUAACAUUCUUGUAAUAUAAAUGUUAACAGCACUCAGCCUUUGAAAACAGGUUUUGUUUUCACUGUACAUGUCAGCUUUGGAUUCAGAACUGCUGAUAAGUAAAUCUAAAUAUUUUGUCUACAUAGUUGUUAAAUUUACUACAUAGUCUACAUAAUCUACACAGAAACUAUAUUCACAUGUGUCUUAAAUCUACAAAGUAACUACAUUCAUAUCUGACUGCACAAUUGUCAUUAUCCAGAAACAUAUGUCGGAAGUGAUAGCGAUUUUGAAUAUUUCUUUUUUGUAACCGGUAGUGGCGUAAUUUUGACGAGGUGAUGUUAUUUCAGUCUUGAUAUCUGAGAAGACAGUGGUUGCUGCUCCGAAAUGAAGAACAAAUAUCCAUUCGACUGAUAAAGAAAUAAUCUUAAUUUUCUUAUUUAUCUUUCUGAUUUUUCUAAAAGAAACUUUCAUUUAUGAAUACGACGUAUGACGUCACGCGUUAAUACAUAUACAGCAGUGAAUAAUUCCGCUUCCUUAAAAAGAACGAAUCUUAUGUUUAGUGAAAUCUACCUCGUUUUCAGAAAACUGAAGGAAGUUUUCAAGCAGAAGAAUUUCAAAACAAGGAAAGGUUUAUGAAAAUAUCACCCAUUAAGUCAAUAUAAAUUUCGGAUCUUACUGUGGACAAUGAUACUUUCUUUUCAAUAUAACAUAUAGACAUAAACACACUAAAAACCUGACUUUCUUUAUUCUAUAUAAAAGUUAAACAGUACAUUCCAGGACCCAUAUGGGCAUAAAUACACUAAUUAGCUGGCCUUCUUUAUUCUUUAUAAAACUGAAAAAAAACAACAUUCCAUGGCCCUUUUUUUCAUGUCUGUAACCUACGUUUUCGUGAAUAACCUUGUCAGUGCUAAAUAAUAAUAAAAAAAGGAGGCAAUUUUGAUGCAAGAAAAGUUGUUCAGAUUAACAAACACACUUUAAAAUAGCUUUAAUUUAUAAAUGUGAACUAUUUGAAUGAAGCCACAGCCAUGAGACUACCACUUUCUCACUUGAUUAUGGCAUUUAGUGUUUUUAACCCGCUGAUUGUCUCUUUUGCAAUGAAAAUAAAAUUAAACUUUCUCAAUUUCGAGGAAAAAACUUGGCAUAAAAUUUACAGGCGUUCAUUUUUUAAUCCCAUUGAUUGAUAGAACAGUUAGGUUUUAACUUUUGCAAAUGUUGCCAUCUGCGAAGGGCUGCCAGAAAUAUGUGCAGAAUGCUGUAAAGAUAUUUAAAUAUCAGAUAAAUUGAUUUGAAUUUACAUUUGUCCUAAAACAUUGCCAAAACGAUUCUAAACGGCAUGAAAGUAUUUAGGCUGUAUUUGAGUUAUUUUUUUGUUUGUGGUCCAUUUAAUAAUUUGAAAGUAUAUAUUAGUUUUAUUAGAUCGUCAGCUUAGGAUAACAUCAAUAAAAAUGUAUCAUAUGAGUUAAGAUAAACAACAUGUGUUUCAUUUUUAUGGAAAGUGUUGAUAAAAAGUAUUUGUUUAGUAAAAUAAACAGUUUUCAAUUA